CGAGUCAGCUGACGCGGGAGGGUUUGAAGCUGCACCGCGAGGGAGCGAGGCCGCAGUGACAGCAGCGGGUGUUCAGACGCCGGUUGCACCGCCGCGCCCGCCGGUGUUCGGCGCUCCCCGCCCCGGCAUGGCAGUGCCCGUAGGCCCGCGCGGCUCAGAGACUGAGCGCCUCCUGACACCCAAACCUGGGUAUGGGACCCGGGUGGGGCCUUCCCCAACCCCUUCAACCCCUCCAGAAGAGGAGGAUCUCCGCCGUCGUCUCAAGUACUUCUUCAUGAGCCCCUGUGAUAAAUUUCGGGCCAAGGGCCGCAAGCCCUUCAAGCUCAUGCUGCAGGUGGUGAAGAUCCUGGUGGUCACAGUGCAGCUCAUCCUGUUUGGGCUCAGCAACCAGCUGGCGGUGACAUUCCGGGAGGAGAACACCAUUGCCUUCCGGCACCUCUUCCUGCUGGGCUACUCGGACGGGGCGGAUGACACCUUUGCGGCCUACACCCGGGAGCAGCUGUACCAGGCCAUCUUCCACGCCAUGGACCAGUACCUGAUGCUCCCCGACGUGUCCCUGGGUCGGUAUGCUUACGUGCAGGGCGGGGGCGGGCCCUGGGCCAAUGGCUCGGCCCUGGCCCUCUGCCAGUGCUACUACCACCGGGGCCACGUGGACCCAGCCAAUGACACCUUUGACAUCGACCCGAUGGUCGUCACUGACUGUAUCCGGGUGGACCCUCCCGAGAGACCCCUUGUGCCCCCCAGUGAUGAGCUCUCCCUCUUGGAUGGCAGCACCAGUUACAAGAACCUCACGCUCAAAUUCCACAAGCUGAUCAACGUCACCAUCCACUUCCAGCUGAAGACCAUCAACCUCCAGAGCCUGAUCAACAAUGAAAUCCCAGACUGCUACACCUUCAGCAUCCUGAUCACAUUUGACAAUAAGGCACACAGUGGGCGUAUCCCCAUCAGCCUGGAGACCCAGGCCCACAUCCAGGAGUGUAAGCACCCCAGCGUCUUCGGCCAUGGAGACAACAGCUUCCGCCUCCUGUUUGACGUGGUCGUGAUCCUCACUUGUGCCUUCUCCUUCCUGCUGUGCGCCCGCUCACUGCUCCGAGGCUUCCUGCUGCAGAACGAGUUUGUCAGGUUCAUGCGGCGGCAGCGGGGACAGGUCAUCAGCCUGUGGGAGCGGCUGGAAUUUGUCAACGGCUGGUACAUCCUCCUGGUCACCAGCGACGUGCUCACCAUCUCAGGCACCAUCAUGAAGAUCGGCAUUGAAGCCAAGAACCUGGCAAGCUAUGAUGUCUGCAGCAUCCUCCUGGGCACCUCGACGCUGCUCGUCUGGGUCGGUGUCAUCCGCUACCUGACCUUCUUCCACAAGUACAACAUCCUCAUCGCCACGCUGCGGGUGGCCCUGCCCAGCGUCAUGCGCUUCUGCUGCUGUGUGGCCGUCAUCUACCUGGGCUAUUGCUUCUGCGGCUGGAUUGUGUUGGGGCCCUACCAUGUGAAGUUCCGCUCGCUGUCCAUGGUGUCCGAGUGCCUUUUCUCGCUCAUCAACGGGGAUGACAUGUUCGUGACGUUCGCGGCGAUGCAGGCGCAGCAGGGCCGCAGCAGCCUGGUCUGGCUGUUCUCCCAGCUCUACCUGUACUCCUUCAUCAGCCUGUUCAUCUACAUGGUGCUCAGCCUCUUUAUCGCGCUCAUCACCGGCGCCUACGACACCAUCAAGAGCAAGCGCCCAAAAGCCAAUGUGACUAGUAGCUACCAGAUUUGGACAGCAUAGAUAUCACACCUUUCCAUCAUCUCAGGAAGUUCUGGAUUGAUGAGACAGGAGCCCAAAAGAGAGAGCACCAGGGAGAAGGAAGAGCCAAAGUAAAGACCUAGAGCCAGAAAGGACUUGGAGAGAAGAUAUUGGCCCUGUGAGGUUGGGAGAGAUGAAGACAAGGCUAAAAGCCAGAACAUUCACUGCUGCUGGGAAUGAAGAUGUUUGCACCCCGCCCGCCCCCACCCCCCAGUGGGUGGUUGUCAAGCACCCAGAUUGAGUCAGGCAUGGCUCGAGGCGCUGGAGCCACAGCGGAGGGCACCAACUGACCAAGAUUCAGGGUGUGCACACAUUCAGUAGUCAGGGAAUGUCUCUGGGUGAAGCAAACCACGAGGAACAGCAGGUGGAGGGCACAGCACGGUGCAGAGGCCCAGAGGUGGGAGCCUGGUUGGUCCACGAGGACCGGUGAGAAGAUCCAGAUGA